AUGGUCAAGAAUGACCUAAAGAACGAAUGUUCAGAUGUGUUGCAUAUCAUCGAGUUGUUGCUGAUAACUCCCUUCACGAACGCCAAACUUGAGCGUAUGUUCAGUUGCAUGAAUCGUGGUAAAACUGAUUGGAGAAAUAGAUUAGAAAGGGAUAGGCUAGACUCUUGCCUGCGGAUUGGUGAAGAAGGGAAAUCCAUUGAAGAGUUUAAUCCCAACGAAGCUAUAAAAGCGUGGUUUGAGCAUAAGGUCCGACGAAUUUCUGCUGCGAAACCACACCGAUACCCCCAAGAAACAUAA